ACUCAAUUAUUAACUCCUACUAUACUACUAAACACUUGAUACUUGCCAGCAAAAACAAAUCUUGAAGUGAGUGGUGGCGGUGGGGGAGAUCUUAGGGAAGAAAAAUGUCAGAUUGGGGGCCAGUGUUUGUGGCAGUGGUGUUGUUCAUACUGUUAACACCAGGUCUGCUACUGCAGAUUCCUGGCCAUAACAAGCUGGUUGAGUUUGGUAGCUUCAGGACCAGUGCUGCUUCCAUUUUGGUUCAUUCCCUUCUUUAUUUUCUUCUCAUUUCUCUCUUUUUGUUAGCCAUUGGUGUUCACUUGUAUGUUGAUUCUUGAUUCUUGCAUCCCCUUAUAAUUACUCUGUAUUACUCAUAUAUGUGUUGUGUGUGUAUAUUAAUGGGAAUGUGAUUACGUUUUCUUUUGCUAAA